ACAAUUUUAUCUCCUAAUUGUGAGUUGAAAUCGUAACUUCGAAAAUAUCUCUCACCAAACCACACAACAUAAACUUUGUAUGAGCUUUUUUAUUUCGAUAAGAAUUGUAGUAAAAAUGAAUUUAGUAAAAGAGUGAGGACGAUGUUCUGUGUGUUUACCGAAUUGAAGGUGGAACAAGUGUUAUAUGUGAGAUCAGGAAUCAACAAACGGACAGCUAUUCCGCCGGAUGUCUUCCAUGCAUACUGAUUGCUUGUAGUUCGAUGUUGCUCUUCCUUUUUCAUCAGUAGACGGAACUGUUCGACGAAUUGUCUGAAAGAAAUAAUGUUACAGCGAAGGUGGUGUUUGAACUCCGCUGUUUCCUUUCUGGGACACGCUCACCCACUCCUUCAAAUUCAGAAGCGUAAUCUUGUCAAUGUAAAACUCAAGUGGGUAAAGGAUACAGUUCUCGACUCCGUAGUUUCCUGCGGCGUACAGCUCAAAGCUACUUCUACCCUCGUUUCACUUAUCGGAUCCCAUCCCGAUUUUUCUCUUCCCGUUUAUUGCCUCUCCAGAUACCGUGGGCAGCUUGGCCUCCCUUCAGACCUCAAAGUCUCCACUUUUAUUCGCCGGUACCCGAAUAUUUUCCAAGAAUUUUAUCGUCUUGAUUCUGGAGGUACCCCUGUUCCGUGGUAUAAAUUAACCCCUGAGGCGUUGGAUGUCUAUAGUCAAGAAAUGAGGUUUGUUUAUGAGGAUUAUUAUGUCGAUAUUUUGAAUAGGCUGCAAAAGUUGCUCAUGAUUACGAAAGAGAGAUUACUCCCUCUGCAAACUAUUGAUCAGUUGAGAUGGGACUUGGGGUUACCAUAUGAUUACGAGAAUAAGUUGAUCGCGAAGCAUCCGGCGUUAUUUUCUCUUGUGAAACUCCCUGAUGGCCGUGUGGGAGUGAAACUACUAGUUUGGGAUGAUUGUUUGGCCUUGUCCCAUUUGGAGUCUAGAAAUUCAAAUCUUGUGGAGAAGAAAGGGGCAUUAGCAUUUCCUAUUAGGUUCACGAGGGGUUUUGGAUUGAAAAAGAAGUGCAUGGAGUGGUUGAACGAGUGGCAAAAGUUACCUUAUACUAGUCCUUAUGUUGAUGCAUCGCAUUUGGAUCCGAGGACGGAUGUCUCUGAAAAGAGGAUUGUUGGGGUGUUUCAUGAGCUUCUGCACCUUACAAUCCUCCGAAGGAUGGAGAGGAAGAAUGUGAGCAACCUGCGCGGACCACUGGCCAUGCCUCAAAAGUUCACUAAGGCGUUUGAAAGGCAUCCUGGGAUUUUUUAUAUAUCAAAGAAGGGGGACACACAGACUGUUGUUCUCCGAGAGGCUUAUGAUCGCGGAGAGCUAAUUGAGAAGCACCCACUCGCUGAUAUUCGCAAAAAGUAUGCAAGCAUGAUGAAGAAGGGAUUUUUAGAUCGAAGUAGGGGAUUAUAUAAGGAAGAGAGGAGUGCUUCUGAGGAUGACUUGGUGAAUAUUCAUUUUGUUGGCAAAAGAAAUGUGUAUGAAUUUGAGUCUGAAACAGAGACAGAUUGUAAUUUGCUUUCAGAAUAUGAAUCGGAUGAAACUAGCAAAGAGUAGUGGUACUCAGUAAAUUACUCCACUAAUUGCUGGCAGUCUCAGGUCCACACCUGGCUGAAGGAAUGGCAGUGUGGACUGCUGGUCUGGGACCGGACAGCAACUGCUGCAUAGUUGGAAACUAUUAGCAAAUUUGGAAAAACAAAGAGAAAUGGAUAUGUGAGUAUCAUUACUAGCAUUAAUUCUAUAUUUCAGAAUAGUUUCAUGAUAUUUAUUCCUCAAAGCAAGCUGAUGCCAUUGCUUGUCUCUUUGUAUUUUGGCUUUUCUGGGGAAAAUUUCGGCUUCAUAAUCCAAUGCAACAUGAGCAAUGGACAGAGCAUGCAGAUUCCAUUGACAAAGUCGAGCAUGUUUAUUCACUAUUAAGUCUUGCGAGACAUCUUGGAAUAGAGUUUUUUCGACCUCCGAACUUCAAUAGGUUUUUCUAGCCAAGUACUAAAGAAACUCUUUCUCUUCAAAUUCUCACCCUGCCUGACCCUGAUAUUGCA